AUGGUCAGAACGCGCAAGAAGAGUGAAACGGUUGAUAAGAAAACACCGAAAAAAGCGGAAAAAGUGCAGCACCCAAAGAACGCAGCCUCUAAAGCAACUUCUGUAAAGUGAGUUUUUGUCAUUCUUUUGUUUUAUUCAUGUUUAGGAAGGAUACUAAACAGCAGAGGACGGGAGAACAGAGGAUGGAAGAACAGAAGUUGCGGAGGUUGGAGGAGCGGAACGAACGAGAUGGCAUCGUCUUCUUCAAAAGACCGUUCUUGACUUUUUAUUAUUUUAUUAGAGAAGUUAUUGCCAAAGUUUUUGAUCUGUUAUAUGAGUAAGUUAAAAAAAACUGUUUUUUUGACACAUUUUACUUAAAAAAACUUACAAAGGUAUUGUUAGGAUUUUUUCAAGGGCCGAGGAAACAUUUUUAGAUGUAAUAUGGUCUUGAAGGUGUCUAGGAGAUUUAUAGGGUAGAAUAUUAAACUGAUUUGAUCUGUUUGCUUAUUUAGCUUAAGAACUUUUUGAAAAUACAAUGUAAAUUAUCAAAAAGGCAUUUUUUAAUUCAAUUAACAUUAAUAUUUUGUUUCAGAUUGACUCAUCACUUAGUAUUGGUCUCAUUUGUUGUUUUACUGCUAGCUUUGAGUGUUUACGGAUAUGUGACACCAGGCCCACAUCAAGAGCAUAUUCAAGCGAUGGAGAAGACAGUUUUAUGGUAUCUUUGGUGGAUUGGUCUUGGUGUUUUGUCUUCGGUCGGUUUUGGGUCUGGACUGCACACAUUUUUAAUUUAUUUGGGUCCACAUAUCGCUAAAGUCACAUUGGCUGCUUAUGAAUGUAACUCUUUGGACUUUCCUGAACCUCCUUAUCCAUCCGAGUAAGUUAUUUACUUUUAGGUAACAAUGGUUGAAAAGUUCCAACUAUUUUAUAAAUUUUAGAAAGACUGAGGUUUUUUCUAAAUAUAAUCAGAAGUUUCGCUGGUUUUUCAUUUUUUUAUUUGAAUUUGUUGAAAACGUAUUUUUAGGUAACAAAUUUUAAUUUUAGAAUUACCUGCCCAACUGAUGGAUCUCGUAGUGCUUUUCCUAUUACCUUGUGGGCUAUUGUCAGUAAAGUAAGGUGGGAAGCGUUGUUUUGGGGAAUGGGAACCGCGAUUGGAGAACUUCCACCUUAUUUUAUGGCCAGAAGUGCUAGACUAAGUGGCCAUGUACCUGAUGAUGAAGAUUUAGAAGAGUUUGUGGCCUUCCAGGAAGAAGUUCGGCAAAAUCCACAAGACUUGGUAGGUUGUUGUUAUUGUUAAAUAUUUUAGGUAUGACUAUGUACUCUUUGACAAAUUGUCUUGGAAUCGGUAGCCUGAUUAGUUUAACGACCAUAAAUAUUAUGGUUAAUGUGUUGACGUAUGCCAUUUUUAGUCAUUGUUUGACCGACUAAAGCUCUGGACGGAACAAUUAGUGACUCGUGUUGGAUUCUUCGGUAUCUUGAUCUUUGCUUCAAUUCCGAACCCAUUGUUCGAUCUUGCGGGUAUGAUCUGUGGACAUUCACUGAUUCCUUUUUGGACGUUCUUUGGAGCUACCUUAAUUGGCAAAGCUAUUGUCAAGAUGCAUGUGCAGGUAAGGCCCGUUACUAACGGGAUGAGAAUAUUGCUUUUUAUGGGUUUUUAUUAAAGUUUUACAAAUAGAAAUGUUAUUUUGCUGUAAUAAGUAAAGGUCUAAUAAUUGUGUUUCAGAUGUUGUUUGUCAUUGUAACAUUCAGCGAGCAUCACGUUGAAGAUUUGGUGAAUCUUUUGAAGAAGAUUCCGAAGUACGGAGAAGACCUACAAGCUCCAUUUUACAAGUUUUUGCAAGAACAAAAACGGAAGUUGCACAGAAACCCUGGAGAGCCAGUAGAAGAGCAGGUAAGUAGUUAUUAUUUUGGUUAAUAAUGUUUAAAAAAUAUUUUUUGAAUAGAAAAACUUUGAUGAUAUGUCUUUUUGUGUUUUUAUAACUCAUAAAACGUAGAGACCUGCCCCCAGAAAAAAGAGAUGGAUUUUGGAAAAAAGAAAAACACUGGAUUUUUUGGAAAAAAAAUUUAGGCAAAAAUCGGCACAGAUACCUGUGCCGAUUUUAUCGACCCCCAGACCAAAAGUCCCGCCCGCCCCUGGUAGAGACAAUUUAAAAUUUUAUUUAUCAUGUGAUUUUAAAAUUUUGAACUUUCAGAGUCAAUCGCUUAUCCAAACCAUCAUCACAUAUGGAGUCACACUUAUGAUCUUGUAUUUCCUCAUUUCCAUUGUCAAUUCACUUGCUCAAUCUUUCCACAAACGGUUAUGCGACCGCAGGCGGCGGGAAGCGGCCCAACGCUGA